AUGGCUGCCGCGGUGUCUCUGCUUCGCAUCGCGCCGCUACUUAGCACCUCAGCAUACCUCACCUUUACUGCCGCCGAAGAUCUCUACUUCAAGCCCUACCUGGAUCCUUCUGUUGCUAAAGCCGCCGAAGCGCUGCUCCCGGCAUACAUCGCCAUCUGGUACAGCCGGGGCAUGGUUUUGAUCUUUACCAUCUAUCCACUGACCUGGUGCACGGCCAUUGCAAAUUUGCCUGUGGACAAACUGGUACAGCAAAGCAAACCUGCCUUUAUUCUUUAUAUCCUGGGAUUGGCCUUUAGCCUGGGUCACAUGUUAUGGGGCCCCCGUGCAAUGUCCCUGCUUAAUUCGAUAAAGGAGAAAAAGGGACAGGGGAGCACUGAUAUUGUGCGAGUGUGGUGUCGUAUGAACCUAACAAGAGGGUUGCUCGUGGAUGUUCCAGCGUGGGGCUGUUUUCUUGCGGCGUUCUUGAUUUGGACUUCGUCGCGCUAG